AUGUAUAUACAGUAUGAUGAACUUGUGCCUGCCUGUUUGACCACAAAAUAUGGAGGUUUUUACAUCAACUCUGGAACUCUACAUUUCAGACAGAAUUCUGACACAGAAAUGGAAAAUGAUUUCAAAGAGAAGCUAAAAUCGGAAAAGAAGAGAAAGUUGAAGGAAAGUAGUGAAAGACUGAAGAAGAAAGACAGUCGUGAUAAAGAAAAGAAACCACGCAGGUCUAAGCUUUCUAAAACAAGCAUUUUCUCCAUGAAUGCAAACAAAGAGGAAAAGAAAAAGAGAAAGAAGUCUGUAAAUUCGAUGAGUGUGAGAGAUGUGUUUAAAUUUCAGAAAGAGAAAGCAUUUUCAAAGGAAGAUUCCCUGCUGCUGUCCCCGCCCCAGGCUGAUACUGAUCCUCAUGAACUGGAUAACAACUUAUCUGACCCUAUCUUGUCAUUAAUUGGCUCUGCCAAUGACCAUGACCUGCUUCAGGCUGCAUUAACUGAUGUUGAUCUUGAGCGUCUCCUUGGAGAGUCUCCAGAUGGAAGCCCUUUUAAUGAUCUUGAAGAUAGCAGUGAGGCACCCUCUAUAGAUCAAGAUCAUUCUCCAAAACCACCUCCAGCACUGCUUGAAGGACUGCCUGCAUCACUUGAGAAACGCAUCAAAGACCUAACUCAGGCAGCCAAGGCAUCUGAAGGUGAAGGAAAGCAAAAAUUUUUCACACAAGAUGUUAACAGCAUGCUGCUUGAUAUUGAGGUUCUGUGUCGAGGACUAAGCAACCAGACACGCUCAGGGGUAUAUGUGUAUCUGGCUUCCUUCCUCCCAUGUAGUAAGGAAACACUGGUCAGGAGGGCUAAAAAGCUUCAUCUCCAUGAGCAGGAUGGGUGUCUGAAAGAGCCUUUGCAAAAGCUGAAAGAAGCCAUUGGCAGGGUAAUGCCAGUCCAGAUGUUGAAGUUCCAGGAGGUCUGCCGUGCACAUAACCAUGCUAGAUUUGCUAAGUUGCUGGAAGAUGAGAAGGAUAAAGACCAGAAAGAGCGGGUGUGCUCAGAGGAGGAAGAAGAUGAAGAAAAGGGUGUUAAAAGGAUCAGCGGUCCACGGAAAAAGUUUCAGUGGAAUGACGAAAUCAGGGAGUUGCUGUCCACUGUUGUAAAGACAAAGAUGUCAGCUUAUGAACUGGAGAAAUAUAAGUCCAGUUCAGCUGAAGAUUAUUUGAAAACCUUUCUGGAGACUGAGGUCAGGCCUCUGUGGCCAAAGGGAUGGAUGCAGGCAAGGCUUUUAUUUCGAGAAAGCAGAAAGGCACAUAACCACCAUACUUCAUUGCUGGCAAGGAAGAAGGUUAUAACUUCUCCAAAAGUGAAGCUAAAGGAGCAUUCUUCAAAGCUGGAAAAGAGAGCACCAACUCUGAGUAGCCCAUGUCUUCUGCGCUGUAGUGGUACAUCUGUGGUCACUGCAUCUCCAGUCAAAACUAACAGCUUUGUGUCAGUCAGUGGAAGCCAGAGCACAGGCUGCAUAAAAUUGAGGACUUUUAGCAUGGAAGAUUCUCUUGAUAAAGACUUGGUUAAUCACCCACCAUCCCUGGCAUCUGUUAAGGAGGAGCUGGCUGCCCUUAACAAUGCUGCAAAAGGAAGCUCUGAUUUUGUCCUACCUAGUGUACAUAAGGAAAACUCCACCCCCAAAGCAGUCCUGGUUGACGUUUCCUUGUUGACAUCACCUGAAAACAAAAAGCAACUGACAGCAGCAUGCGUUAUGUCUUCAGUUCCUUCUCCUCCUGGAGCAUCACAGUCCUCAUUGAAUCUGCUAGCGGAUCAAGCACUGGCGCUUGGCCAGCUUUCUAAAGAAAAAAAACCUGAGAGUUCUAAUAGUUCUAUCAAUUCUGCAUGUAAACCAGAGACUUCUACAAGUAAGCUAUUUACAGAAACUCUACUGGCUAAGCAAAAACAGCCUGGUUUACAAAGGAUCCCUCAGAGUCUGAACUCAAGCCCAGUGCUUGCAUCUGCUUUUAAGCCUUUUCAUCAGACAAGUUCACAUCCCAAAAACUUUGCAUCAUCCUUUCCAUUCAGCAUCAACAAACUGCAGAACACAUCCCAAAACCAAAAUUUGUUGCAUCAACAGUCAGUAUCACAGCAAGCAAAACCUCCUUCAAAACCCCAAUUGUUCCACUCUGCUGCUCCCUGUCCAGCAUCAGGAAGUGGUCCAGGUCCUAGUGCGGAUUCAGUAAAUAACCUGAUGUCACCAACUUCUGGGAACUGUCAUGGGAAGAACUCCAAUUCAAGUAAUUUAGGACAGUCUUUCAGGCCUCCGUUCACAUCGACUCCAGGCACAAAUCCAUGUGUUCCAUCUAGCUGCUCUCCAUCUGUUGCUGCUAGUGCUCAGAGUUCUAUUUCUGCAUCCCCUUCUGAUGCUCCUAGUGCUCAAAGUUCUGUUUCUGCAUCCCCUUUCAGUAGUCCAUCUGCUUCACCAAAUCAAGUCUCAAGUCAUCAGUCCUCAACACCUCUUGUAAAAAAGCCUGCAUUACCUCAAAAGCUAACGUUAGUGGCACCUCCAGGAGGUACCGAUGUAGACUCUGGAUGUGGCACACAUGGGGUGGCCAAGUUACUGACCUCCUCUCUUAAACAUGCUUCAUGUAGCAGCUCUGCAUCAACAUCAGCUGUCACUCCUGUAAAGACCACCAGUGGAGGAACGGCACUGAUUGCAAAUUCUCCAGCUUUAAAUCUUCUUUCACCUUCCUACACUACAACGAGUCAGAAGCUGACUUCUAGUACUUUGAGCUCUCCUACAUUGGGAAUUUUACCCAGCAUCUCUCCCACACACACCUUCCCUCGUCAAGUCCUCUCCAUGAGCUCUGACUCCCCUCCCAAAGCAACAGGAUCAAAAGAUGCCAUUGUGACCGGUCCUGCACCAGGAACUUUCCACCACGGCCUUUCUCAUAGUAUUUUUUCUGGUUUGCAGACUGGUUCACAUGUGACACAACUUACACAUACCGCAUUGUCUACUCGUUUACUACAGACUUUGCAAGAUGGCAGCCAGUUUCAUGGGAAAGGGGCUAAUAUCCAGAGAAAAUUGCAGUGAAGAGAGAGACCUUCAGCCGUAUCCUAGUUACUGCACUGCAGAAACGUAGAAGUGACUCAUAAGAAAAUGAAAGGACCUUCAUGAUGAUGUCUUCUCCCAUACGGGAAGUCGUGUAGCCUGUACAUCACUUCAGCUGGAUAUUCUAAUCAGACCUUCCAAAAGGAGGACUGUAUCUUUAUGUAGCUGUGCACUAGCCUGAGUGGUAAUGGUUUGGAGAACUGAAAGCAUUCAAGGAGGCAUAUUUUCUUUAAAACUGCAAACAAAUGCCACCUAAAAGUGUUUACAUAUGAGAAGGGGCUAGGACCACUGGAUGCUGCCUACAGCUGACUUUGAGUCUUUCAACAUCUUUUAAAAAACAAAAGUUUAAUUGCAUUAGAAUAUGAUCAGCAUUUCAUUCUGGUUUUGGAGUUGCUUGGUGAGGCACUGAUUUGCAAGCAAAGUUAAUUUCUAUUGUAUUAGAGCUGUUUUCUUACUGAAAUUCUUAGUCUGCCCAUUAAUCAUGUAUAUGAAUUAGAACUGUAGGUUGUUCCUGAACGUUCCAGAAAACUUCCUCUUAUUCUGUUUGGAUCCCAUGUACAAUUUUUUAACAAAUGUUGCAUUUUUUAUACAGAUACUUGGUGAAUGUAUUGGAUGUUACAGGGUGGAAGCAUGAUUCUGAUAUUUAGGCGUUUGUUUUCCAGAGUACAAGAAAUUUAUAUAAGGGCGAUGUCGAAUAUUUACUGUGUUUAGGGACUGGAACAUCACACCUGCUUUCUCUGUGCAGAAUUCUUAAGAAAAUGUAAACUCAGUGCCUUUCCUGGUGUGAUAAGAAAUUAAGUAAAUGAGUUGUAUAGUGAUACUAAAAAUAUUACAUACCUCCUUAACCUCUCCUCCCCAAAAACCCUGUUAUAUUGAAGUUUUACUUUGAAUGUAGUCAAUCCAUGCUUAAUUUUGUAAAUACAUUCUACUUGUACAUAUUUUGCAGGUCUAUAUACAUUGCAGCAGUUUUAAUACAUUUUCUCCCCCUCUUCAUUGUAACUUUUCUUGAAUGAAAUUAUGAGCUGCUUUUUAAGUUACAAUGCCAAACAGUGUGCUUCCUAUUUUGGAAGUGCUGUCUUUUAUGAAACAGAGAAGCUGCAUUCAGUCCAUUAAAGACAUUUAAAGCCUAACUGCCUUCUAAGGACUGAGUGUUUUUCUAACUCUAGCCCCAAAGGUUCAGAAAAUAAAACUCCAGUUUUUCACAAGCUGGUGAGCUGGAAAGAAACUUACUGGUGAGAAACCAUUUUGAUUGUUUACAUACAAACCUGAAUAUUUGCACUGUCCCUCACACUAGGCACAAUGCCCCCACUGUAUGAUUGUUUCUCUAAGGUAGAGGCAGAGUGCUAUGCUUCUUUUUGGAAUAUUUUGUGUAAUGUCUUCAGUCUUGAAAGGGGUAGGGUGGCAGCAUGGUUAUGCUGAAAAUACAGCAGUUUUGUAAGCUAGUUGGACGCAUGUGUAUUUCAUAUUAGCAGUUCCUACUCUCUUGGAACAUGUACAUUUUCUUGUUGCAUUUGCAUGAUAACAGCACACUUAGUACCAGAUCCUUUAGCGAGAGGAUACCGGAUGCAGUGGUAAAUUGACAGUUACCGUAGUACUCAUUUUAGAAACAUUAGGAUUGUCUGUCUGGCCUUGGGCUGGUGGAAUCCCAGUGUUGCCCUGUGUGAAAAGAGGCAGAGUGGGUGUGGCUCGCAAGUAGCCUCGCCAUACACCUCAGUUUAUCAGCAGUUUUCAGUUAAUGCAAAUUACGGUCUUUGAAGAGCAAGGUCUGUGUUAUAGGUAUUUAGCAUUUCUGUGCUAUGACCUCUGCAUCUACUGCAAAGCUGCCUUUUUUUAUUCACAUGUAGACUUGGUCAGUUUUUUUUUUCCUUUUCCCUCAGUCCCUAGUAUUAUUCCUUAUCCUUUAACAAAAGUUCUUUUAGAGAGAACAAAGUUAAUUCAUGCUGCAAAACGGGGAAAUGCUGCUUUUGAAAGGAUCUUACUUGAGACUAGGAUGCAGGUGUGAGGUAUCCUUGCUUCAGUCCACCUGUAGUAAUUGAGAUGGCCACCUGAGGAAAUGUUUUCAUCUGAUUUGAUUUUGAAUUUAGUUUUUUACUGAUUUUUAAUGUUUACAUGUAGAGAUUAUUCAAAGUAUUAAUUUUUUUGUAAAAGGACAUGUCAGAAAAACUGCACCAUUGUCCUAAUUGUAGCAGAUGACAUAUUUAUUUCUGAUAAAAUUUAAAAUUCAGUUUGAGAGCUGUGCUUACAGAAAUAAAAGAAUAAAGUGCUGUGAAAAGCAGGUGGUGUGGUAUCAGUGUUAAAAAUUGAAACGAAUAGCUGUGAAAAAGAUCAGUCAGUCCACUCAUUUUUUUCUGCUGUUUGUACUGAGUGUUUGUGGUUAUGGGAAUUUGCUUUAUUUCCAUCUUCCAUGUUAUCUGCUUUAUGUUUUUCUGUGUGGUAUUGGUCUGCAGAGAUGACCAUUUCAGCUCUUCCUGGUUAAUUUGUUUUAGGUUCUUCUGAGUGGUAUCAAAUUUUGUGGUUAACUUUCUCUAAUCUGAAAGUAAAACAUUUUGUGGUUAACUUUCUUGAAUCUGAAACUCUGCUGUGUAGAUUCCUUCCCUCUCUUAGAACAGAAAACUGUAUAUAUAGCCUUCUGCGUUUGCAACUUAUCUCCACAGCUGCUAACAUGGAAGUUCUGCUUCACCUGCACUGUAUUUUUGCAGCUUUUUGUUUGGACUUCCACAUUUUGUAUAAAACCAUUUUAACCAUUAUAACUGAAAUUAACAGAAAGGUAGACAAGCCUUGUAAUCUUUUAUGUAAACUCUGAAUCAAGAUAGUAAUUGAUAACAGAGGUAACUCUUGCAUCUGACAGACUUGUUGGCUUUGUUAGAAGUGCAGUAACUCCAGAGGAAGUGGGAAAGAGAAUACAUUCCAUUGUCUGUCUUGACACAGAAUUUGACACUUUAUGCAAGUCUGUUAACUUUGAGGAAAGUGGGAAAGGUGACGCAUGUCAUUGUCCUUUUUGACACAAAGUUUUGUGAAACUGUACAUCCAAUAAAAUUGAUUUCAGUCACAUUCAUA